AUGCUUUUGCGAGAUUUGGAGCCCAAGGCCGCUAUCGUGCCACUCAAGUUUUAUAUAUUCGUCAGUGGCGAUUCGCCACCGUUUUGUACGCUUAGCGCAGUCAUAGUCGUAAGAAGAAGAGGAAGAAAGAAGUACGCAGCGCAAUUACUACGUAGUAAGUACAAACACUUCUUCGAUAUCCAUCGCGUGCACGGUAGUGUUCAUGAAACUUCCGUCUACGACAAUGAAUAUAUUACCCAACAUUCAUUUUUGCAGGCAAAAAGUUCGAUAUCACACAUCAUAAUUCUCACUUUUCAAAUGGCACCAGCAAGGAGGGAGCGGGUCAAACUGAUCGCCCGCAAUGCACCUGCAUUAAAGCCGAGGGUCAUCCUCAAGGAAGGCGACUGGAUCGAUGUCCUGGAUGGUGACGGUGUGUGGAACGUUGCUCGAGUGUUAAGAGUUCCGUCACCAGACGAGGUAGAAGUCACCUAUGACGGUUGGGGGGAGGAGUAUGACGAGAUCGUGCAGAUCGACAGCAACCGUGUAGCGCCAUAUCAUACAUUCACGUGGGCCGUCAAGUGUUGGGUCAAAUAUCUUAACUGGCCAUUGUGGCCCUCCCUGAUUACAAUUCGCACACCGGGGACCAAGGAAGGCAUUCGCAACCUUGCAGCGGAACGUCGCGUCUUUGUUGACUUCUUCGAUGGUCCUAACUUUGCCAAGCGUGACAGGUGCUGGCAACCGAGACGACUAGUACGGACGUUUGAAGACAACUUCGAUAAAAAGCGCACGGGAUCCACUGGCGUAGAUUUUGAGCAAGCCCUGAAGUUAGUGCUGCAAUCUGUUGCGUCUACCAAGAUGCCCAAGUUCGCCUUGGGUGCACUCCCUCUGGAGUACAAAUCCAGUCCGACGGAAUCUGUCGAAGCAGCUCGAAGGAAAAUGGGCGACGAGGAAUGGUACCAACGCUUCGCGCAUAAUCAAAUGCAUCACAAACAGAAUCAUGUCUACGAAACACUCGGGUACGAAGAAAUCGACGCAUCAAGCGAUGACUCUGCUUCUUCAACAUCAAAAAAGACCGGGGAUGACGUUGAAAAAGAGGAAAGCAUGGAAAUAUCAAACACCAAGGACGAAGAAGACCACGAAUUGAGAGAUGACACUGUGUCACCAAGGCUAACAGACUCUCGGGGCAAUAUUGAGGAAAACGUGGAAAUACCAAACGCUAUGGACGAAGAAGAUGACGGGUUAAGUGAUGAUCCAGCACCGCCUGCAAUGAAAGAAUCCCCGGGCGAUAUCGAGGAAGAAGAAAAGUUGGAAUUACCUGACGCUAAGGACUCCAGAGUGGUGAUCGUCUCUGAUGAGAAAGUGUAUCCUGUUUUUCAGGAUUCAAGCACAAAAGACGACGACAAAGACGAAGAGUCCCAGCCAUGCCAGCGAGUUCGUGGGGUGCAACCGGAUAGUGAAGAGGCACCAGAUACCAGCAAAACCGGUAUUCCCAUGAGGACAGUCAUUAGUGUACCAAGGAAAUUUGAUGUAGUACCGCCACCACUGCCACGACAGGAACCUGUGUGGUUCAAGAGCACGAUGGCUCCGCCGCCUCGGCUUAACUUAUCUGCUUCAAGUGUUCGGACUGGUGCUGCGCUGGCGGCUCCAUCCACGGCAGUAUUCAGCUCCAGCAAAGGCUUUUCACUCGAGUCGUGGUUUAAGCGCAAACUGAUGGCAGAUUUCCUGAAUGGCGAUGGGUAA